UGCAGACCAGGAAGUUAAAACAUACCUGACAUAUCAGCACGGUAUAGAAAUAUGUUAAAGCAGUACGUAGAAAGAGUACCAGUAUGUAAACUAAAUAUGCAAUGCUAUGUGUGCAGAGAAAAGACAGCACAUCGCCAUUAAAACCUUUAUUGAAAUGUAAUUACAUAGGAGAGGGGGGGCAAUCUAUUUUGGGGCUCUUGGUUUUCUCAAGGCCUGAAUGCAAUCAGGUUAAACCAAAACAUGGAAUAAGCAUUUUUUUUUUUAAAGAUGCAGCAGUGUCGUUCCUUUAGUGCUGCUAAUAUCACUUGAACAAAAUUAAAUAAAGAUGUUUCGGGAAGAUUUCCUGAAGAAUUGGGGUAAAACUAGGCAACAGUGGCAAAUGGUGGAACAAAAUACCAUUUUUUGUGUGUGUGUGUGUGUGUGUAUAUAUAUAUAUUAUCAAUAGUAAAAAUUGACAGCAUCUUUAGAAUCCUUUCAUCCAGUGAUUCCCAAACAGUGCCAGGGUACAUUAGUGUGCCGUGAGCGCUCUUCAGGUGUGCUGUGGGAGGUUAUCUAUUUUUAUGUAAUUGCUAAAGAAAACAUUUAUGCCAAGAAAUAAUGUAUCUUUAUUCAUCUAUUUAUGCCAGUGAGGCACAAUGACGGACAGAACAAAAAAAAAUCCUAUUCUGUUAGAUGGCAGGAAGUACAUACAGUAAUUAAUCGAUCCAUUUUCGGUGGCAUUUACUUUGUUGGUGUGCCGUGGGAUUUUUCAAUUGUAAAAUAUGUGCUUUGGCUCUAUAAAUGUUGGAAAUCACUGCUUUAAUCAUCGGUUCUUUGAACAUGGAACAGUGGACCCACAUGUAGCCCAAAAAAUACAUUUGUGAAAAAUAAAUGUGAUUUAAUGCAUCGUUUAGUAGUUGUCUAAUUUCUUUCAUUUGCGUGAGUGUAUAAUACUAAAUCCUGAUGAUCGUAUCAGUGUUGAACUUCUUACAAAAUACAAUAUGGAGUGCUCAUAGAUGUAUAGUAAAUUUUCCUACAAAAAAAAAAUCUGGGGGGAGGUGGGAUCUGCUCUAAUGGAUUAAUGACAUUUCUCCAAAAAUAAAACUCUAAUCCAAACAUCUAAAAUGUUCCUCUUUAACACGCCUCGUGCAGGUCCUGAGUGCUUUAGGCCGGCCUUUGUAAACAGUAACGAAAAGAGAAUUAAAAAAAAACAAAAAACGAGGUCUAUGCAACGCUGGCUAUUGUAAACACGUAGAUUUUGGUGUAGGUAAAACUACAUGGACCAGAAUGCAACGCGCUGCCUUACGUCAGUCUUCUCCGCACUGGCAGGCUGCCAGACCGCCUGAGACAGACAGCUGAGGACCCGAAGGACGGAAAGACGGGGGAUCCCGGCCCAGUACGCCCUUUUCUUGACCUAAAUCUCGGCUUGUUUUGCCGCGCGCAAUGGCAAAGACGUACGAUUACCUCUUUAAACUGUUGCUCAUCGGUGACAGCGGCGUGGGGAAGACGUGCCUGCUGUUUCGAUUCAGCGAAGACUCCUUCAAUACCACCUUCAUAUCCACCAUAGGCAUAGACUUCAAAAUCAGAACAAUAGAGUUGGACGGAAAGAGAGUCAAACUUCAAAUUUGGGAUACCGCAGGCCAGGAGCGCUUUCGCACCAUCACGACAGCUUAUUACAGAGGAGCCAUGGGAAUCAUGCUCGUCUAUGACAUCUCCAACGAGAAGUCAUUUGAAAACAUUAAAAACUGGAUCAGGAAUAUCGAAGAGCACGCCUCCUCGGACGUUGAGAAGAUGGUCCUGGGUAACAAAUGUGACAUGACUGACAGGCGGCAAGUGUCCAAAGACAGAGGCGAAAAACUGGCGAUUGAUUACGGCGUAAAAUUCCUGGAAACCAGCGCAAAGACAAGUCUGAAUGUAGAGGAGGCAUUUUAUACCAUGGGAAGAGAUAUUCUCCACAAUCUGAGCUCAAAGACAACUGAAAACACUGCAGGGGGAUCUGGAAAAGCAGUCAAGAUCACGGAGAAAAAGUCCAAGAGGAUCAAAUUCCUCAAGUGCACGCUCAUCUAGACCACCUGCUGAACGCUCUUGCGUGACUUUGCUAUUUUGGGGGAGGC